GGCCGCGUGGCAUGUGGGGCAGCACGGAUCUGGAGCGGGGCACUUGUAGCCCCAAAUUGCAACUCUGUGUCCCAGGGAUCCGAGGCCUCCCUUCAAAAGAACUUGUAGACCAAGUGACGCACAAUCACACAGUACCAAUUAACCUUUUUUCAGCUCAGAAGUAGUAGGGGAACAGGAAAUCUCGCAGUUCCAGACUCUGCAGAAAGGCCGUUCGUUGUAGAGCCGCUCCCCUCUCCACUGUAGUGUGUCCGAUCCACAGCCAAGUCGGGUUUCACGCCCCGUUCUCCAGGUUCGUUAUUGCGUCUAGAAAAUAAUGAGAAGAGUUAAGCUGUUCUUCCCUGACUAAUAUCUCGUGAUGUCAGUGAGGCUGCACGAUAGCGGGUCGUUUCUCUUUUCUCGGCAUUUUCACUCGCGCGUCGACGAGUGUAUGCUGCACAGCGCAUGCAUGACGCGCAUGUCGCGCAUGUCGCGAGAGUGGCAGCUUGCCUGCGAAAGGGCGACCGGCGGCGGGGAAGGUGGCGAAUUUAUGCCGAAGGGGCCAAGUCGGACCCUGAAAGACGAGUGCUGGAAGACCGUUUUCCGUGGAAACAAGAACUGGCAUCUGCUGUUAAUCUGCUUCUCCUCUUUCGUGUUUUCCCUCCUUCUUCGUGUGGCCAAGAUGGUGCGCAUGAAUGUUCUAGCAGAUUGCCUGAAGACCCUCGUCAACGCUGAGAAGCGUGGACGCAGGCAGGUCCUCAUUCGUCCAUCGUCUAAGGUCAUCAUCAAGUUCCUGCAGUGCAUGCAGAGGAGAGGAUACAUCGGUGACUUCGAGAUCGUGGAUGACCACCGUGCGGGCAAGAUCGUCAUCGAGCUCCUUGGCAGAAUCAACAAGUGUGGUGUUAUCUCCCCCAGAUUCGACAUCCAAGUCGACAAGAUUGAGCAGUUCUGCUCUAACUUGCUCCCGUCCCGACAGUUUGGUCACUUGGUGCUGACGACUGCGUACGGCAUCAUGGACCACGAGGAGGCACGUCGCAAGCAUACUGGAGGGAAGAUCUUGGGCUACUUUUUCUAAGAGAAUAAAUUGUCUUUAUUCGUUUCUAACAGGGUAGCGAAGCUAUGUGACCUUCCGUACGCGCGGUGUUGACGUUGUAACUAGCGGGGGGAGCAGCCGGCCGCCCGGCGGACACCGUGCUGCGUUCCUACCGAUUUCAGUGUCGGAGUGUAGUGGUCCUGUAUUCUCUGUGUCCCAGGGUUUUCCUUGGGGCAGGAAAUAAGAAGUGUGCCCAACUAGAACAACACCGUGACAAAAAACCAUUAAGUCACAAAAAUUCGUUCCUGUGCAUCCUAAAUUACCCGC